AAAUAUAGUCUUGGGACGUAGACCCCAGACGAUUAAACUAUUACUCAUAUUUAUGAAUUGACAAUGCAAGUUCCCAUAAAUAUACUAAAUUUCGCAACCAAUACAUAUUAGCUACCCCAGUAAAGCCUGUGGAAUCUUGGGUUAUAAAUAGCAUCGUCCUCAUAAUACGUGAAGCAGCAGAAACUAGCUAAUACUUGACCACCAAAAAGGAUGUGGAGACUGAAGAUAGCUGUAGGUUCUGAAAAUGAUAAGUAUUUGUACAGUACUAACAAUUAUGUGGGGCGGCAGAUAUGGGAGUUCGAUCCGAGCUACGGAAGCCCGGAAGAGAAGGCUGAGGUUGAAGAGGCUCGAAAUCACUUCUGGAGAAACCGGUACAAGGUUAAGCCUAGUGGCGAUGUUCUCUGGCAGAUGCAGUUUUUAAGAGAGAAAGGAUUUGUACAAAAUAUAGAAGCAGUGAAGAUAGCUGAUGGUGAAGAUAUUAGCUAUGAGAAAGUUACAGCAACAGUGAGAAGAGCCGCCCAUUACUUUGCGGCUUUGCAGGCCUCCGACGGCCACUGGCCGGCUGAGAAUGCUGGCCCUUUGUUUUUCCUGCCACCCCUGGUUAUGUGUUUGUACAUCACUGGACAUCUCAAUAUCAUGUUUCCCGCCCCACACCGUGAAGAAAUCCUUAGAUACCUUUAUUGUCAUCAGAACGAAGAUGGAGGUUGGGGACUACAUAUAGAGGGACAUAGCACUAUGUUUUGCACUGCAUUAAGUUAUAUUUGCAUGCGUAUACUUGACCAAGAACCAGACGGGGGUGUUAACAAUGCUUGUUCUAGAGCUCGAAAAUGGAUCCUGGACCACGGCUCUGUCACCCACAUGCCUUCUUGGGGAAAAACUUGGCUUUCGAUACUUGGUGUAUACGAAUGGUCUGGAUGCAACCCUAUGCCACCAGAGUUUUGGAUUCUUCCUUCUUUCCUUCCUAUGCACCCUGCAAAAAUGUGGUGUUACUGUCGGAUGGUUUACAUGCCUAUGUCUUACUUAUAUGGAAAGAGAUUUGUAGCCUCCACCACACCUCUGAUUUUACAAUUGAGAGACGAACUUUAUGCACAACCCUACGAUCAAAUUAAUUGGCAUAAAGUGCGUCAUUGUUGUGCAGCGGAGGACAUCUACUAUCCUCACCCUCUGAUUCAAGAUUUGAUUUGGGAUAGCCUUUACAUUUGUUCAGAGCCACUUUUGACUCGCUGGCCAUUUAAUAAGUUAAGAAAAAAGGCUCUCGAAACUACAAUGAAACACAUUCAUUAUGAGGAUGAGAAUAGUAGAUACAUCACUAUUGGUUGUGUUGAAAAGGUUUUGUGUAUGUUGGCCUGCUGGGUUGAGGAUCCAGAUGGUGACUAUUUUAAGAAACAUCUUGCUAGGAUCCCAGAUUAUUUAUGGGUUGCUGAAGAUGGAAUGAAGAUGCAGAGUUUUGGAAGUCAACAAUGGGAUACUGGUUUUGGACUUCAAGCACUAUUAGCUGCUGAUCUUACAGAUGAAAUUGGACCAACCCUUAAGAGAGGACACGAGUUUGUAAAAGCUUCUCAGGUAAAAGAUAAUCCUUCUGGGGAUUUCAAAAGCAUGCAUCGUCACAUUUCAAAAGGGUCAUGGACUUUUUCGGAUCAAGAUCACGGAUGGCAAGUUUCUGACUGUACAGCAGAAGGGAUGAAGUGUUGUCUUCUUUUCUCUUUGAUGUCCCCUGAAAUCGUCGGGAAGAAAAUUGAACCUGAGCGAUUGUUUGAUUCUGUGAACGUGUUACUUUCAUUGCAGAGUAAAAAUGGAGGUUUGGCGGCAUGGGAGCCAGCAGGAGCUCAAGAGUGGUUAGAGCUACUGAAUCCUACAGAAUUCUUUCAAGACAUCGUCAUUGAACAUGAAUAUGUGGAGUGCACAGCAGCUGCAAUCCAAGCCUUGGUGUUAUUCAAGAAGUUAUAUCCCGCACACAGGAAGAAAGAGAUCAAUGAGUUUAUUGCCAAUGCCGUUAGGUAUCUCGAAGACAUACAAAUGCUAGAUGGAUCAUGGUAUGGAAAUUGGGGUGUAUGUUUUACUUAUGGAACGUGGUUUGCACUUGGGGGGCUAGCAGCAGGAGGAAAGACAUAUAAUAAUUCUUCAACCGUACGUAAAGGAGUUGAUUUUCUAUUGAAAUCACAACUUGAUGAUGGUGGUUGGGGAGAAAGCUAUCUUUCUUGUCCUUCAAAGAAAUACAUCCAAAUCGAAGGAAAUCGAUCUAACUUGGUACAAACUGCAUGGGCAAUGAUGGGGUUGAUUUAUUCCGGACAGGCCGAGAGAGAUUUUGCCCCUCUUCAUCGUGCAGCAAAAUUGGUUAUUAAUUCUCAGGAAGAGAAAGGUGGUUUUCCCCAACAAGAGAUAACUGGAGUUUUUAUGAAGAAUUGCAUGUUACAUUAUGCGGCGUACAGAAACUUAUAUCCUCUCUGGGCUCUCGCAGAAUAUCGCAAACGAGUGGCCCUUCCAUCUAUAGUUGUCUAAAGUUAUCCCUACCUUUGAAGACAUAUAUAAUAAAAUAUUAAUAAUUUACAUAUCUGAAUGUGAUUCUCAGCACAUGCUUGUGUAGUUUGAGAUAUAUGCAACAGUUGAUGAUGUAUUAUUCAUAAAAUUAUGUAUACAUGACUUGAUUAAACAUGAU